AUGAUGAUGACCCCUGAAUUGAAUGCCCUAUACUCAGAGAAAAAAUCCAUUGCUGAGGAGUUUCACAGAGCUUAUGUCUUAUACCAACAGUACAGGAGGGAACGAAGGAAAGAACGAAGACAGAAGCAACAGGCUCAAAUCCAAGCCAGACAUCAGAAGUGUCAGUAUGAAGAUGUGGCAAUCCCUGAGCCCUAUGAGAAAGAAAGGGGCUUUUGUAAAACGCUUCUAUCCUACCUUGGGAAGUUUGAUGUUAAUGCUUCAGGCAGUGCAUCUGGCUCACUCCUCUUGUGUCCAAAUGAUGCCCACCCACCACUGAGGCUGUCUGUGAGCCAGGAUUCAGGUUUUCAGUUGCUUAAAGGACGGAAGGCUGACACUGAAGAAGAUGUGAAGUACUCUCCUGUUGUGGUGAAGGCACGCAAGAAAUCUCGGCAAGAAAGGAGAGUUUCCAUAAAGAACCGACCCUUGAGUCACACACCAGAAGCUUUGCAACUGUUUGAUCAGCUUGGGGUCUCUCCUCCUACACUGGUAUCUGAUGUUUCAGCUGCUGUUGAGCAGAUCUCCAGCCUUCUUCACGAUUACCAGAAGCUGACUGAAUCAGAGAAGCCUAUGAUGCCUAAUGGUGAUUGUGGUACUGUUCAGGAAAUGCAUGAAGCCAAUGGGAUGAAAAGCAAGAAUGGCCAGAGUGGCGAUAUUCAGGAGCUUUGCCCAGUGUUUAUGAGUUAUAAAUCCCCAGAAAAAAGACAAAAUCAGUCUUCAUGUCAUGAAGCAAUAGAUUCAGAUAAAAUACUUGCUAAUUAUGUAACUCAGACAUCUGGAAGGACAGUUCACUGCCACCAAAGCCAGCAACCUGACAUGAUCCCUGUACCUCUGACUGACACAAAGACUGCCAUGUUUCAGGCUCCUGAUGAGGAGCCAAUGAUGGGAAUAAGUUUGAUGAGCCUUUCAAUAAUUUCUCAAGUGGAUGGCCUAGAACCUCAGACUGGGUCAGUCAGUGCAAUUUCCCGAACAAAUGAUAAGCAACAAAUGACAGAAUCCAUGACAAACUUUCCAGUUAUUCAGCAGAACCAGUUGGUUGCAUCAGGAGGUGCUGUAUCCCAAGCCGGUGAUGAGGUUUCCAAACAUGUGUAUCCUCAAAAAGUUUCUUUGAUUUCUUCAAAUUGUACUAAAACUUCUUUCUCAUAUUUCAAAACUUCUGGGCCCUCUCCAUAUUUUGACCCUUGCAAUGUUCCUGUGGAGGUUUUGGAAGACUUCUUGGGUGAACCCAUAUUGAACAUCAUAAACAACCAGUCACAUGCUGAAGAUGCAGUAUGCACUGACGCAGCUUCUGUUGAGGUCUUAAAGAAGUAUAUUGUCCCACUGCCAUAUGUGAUGGACUUGAUGUCUGGCUCCGACUCAGUCUAUGAUUCAGAGGCAGUUGGAAGCUUGAUAUCUGGACGUUUGGUUAUGUCAGCAUCCUGCCCUCAGUUGAAUGGAGAAAUGGCUUCUGACUUUGAUACUUACUUAUCCUCACCUUUGCUCAUGUCAAGACAAACAGAACCCAUUGUAAAAGAGGCCCUGCUGUCCAGUAGUGGUACCCAUUCUGCAUGAUUUUGUUCAAGUUCACAGGUAUGUUGGGCAUUCCCAUCCAUCCAGAUCUUAUCAUGAGCUCUCAUUCUGCACUUGAAAUGAUCUCAAGAAGAACAAGACAUUUGAAUUCAUAUGGUCUCUUUCAUAAUGGGAUGUGUGUCAAACCCUCUAGAGGGGUUAACUAUGUGCUUUAUGAAGUGAUAACCAGAAGAUGCUUGCAGAAAUUGGAAUUAGAUUCAAAUUAUUUAUGGCUAUUGAAAUGUAAUUAAGAAAGUGUUGUAAUGCCUUCCAUGUUAUGUAUUUUAGCCUUUGCUUGCCUUUGAUGUUACAAUGAGAUUGUGAUUGGCAGCCAAUAAAAGUGAUUAUUGUUCUGUUA